CCAGAAAUCUGCAAACAUCUUUUGUUUGUUUUUUGAGCCGUUUUGGACACCAGGAGCUAGUUGUCUCCUCUUGGAGGACAGGGAUGUAACAGCCCAAUGCUGCAGGAAAAAAAUGGGAAAGAAAGAAACAAAAGGGGAGGAGAAGCAGCAAGGAAGGGAAGAGGCUCACGUGGCUCCUCUGGGCACCAGCCAGGGCCUCCGGCACAAGUGCUGCCUCCGGGUCUGUCAUGUCCCUGGUGCGGGGGAUGCACCGGUCCCUUGGCCGGUGCCAGGCUGGAGGCAAAACCCCUCCUGCAUUUUGUGAUGGGGUCAGGGCACUUGUGGUGAGGGAGAAGACUCCCCAUAAGAAGGUCACCCGGGGCCGUGCUUGCUUCUGCUUUCUUAGCCGACCUUUGCUCAUGCCAAGGAUGCCCUGCUGCCCGCUGCUUGCCCUGGGAGUGCUGGCACUCAGCCUGGCAGGUGCCAUGGAGAUCCAGGUCCCGGAUGAGCCCGUGGUGGCUCUCUUUGGCCGAGAUGCCACCCUGCGCUGCUCCUUCUCCCCAGAGGCCAACUUCAGCCUCGAUGACCUGAGCCUCAUCUGGCAGCUGACGGACACCAAGCGCUUGGUCCACAGCUUCUCUGGUGGUCAGGACCAACUGGCAGACCAGGGCGGGGGCUAUGCCAACCGUACAGCCCUCUUCUACGACCAGCUGGCCCAGGGCAACGUCUCGCUGCUCCUCCGGCGCGUGGAGAUCUCGGAUGAGGGCAGCUUCACCUGCUUUGUCCGGGUCCAGGACUACAGCAGCGCGGCCGUAACGUUGCAGGUGGCAGCUCCGUACUCCAAGCCCAAUAUGAACCUGGAACCCAACAAGGACUUGAAGCCGGGAGAUCUGGCGGCUGUGACUUGCCACGCUUCCCGCGGCUACCCUGAGGCCAGUGUCCUCUGGCAGGACAGUCAGGGCAGCAACAUCACUGAAAAUAUCACCACAUCCCAGGUGGCCAACGAGGAAGGUCUCUUUGAUGUGCACAGUGUCCUCCAGGUGCUGGUAGAGCCCAGCAGUACCUACUCCUGCCUGGUGCGAAACCCGGUGCUGCAGCAGGAGACUCACGCCUCCGUCACCAUCACGGGCCAACACCUCGCCUUCCCCGCUGUGGCACUCUGGCUGACGGUGGGACUUGCCAUCUGUGUUGUGGGGCUGCUUGCCGUCCUGCUGUACGUGUGCCAGAAGAAAAUCCGCCAGAGCAAGGAGGAAGAGGAGGAAAAUGCAGGGACGGAGGAGCAGGAUGAGGAGGGGGAAGAACCCAAGACAGCUCUGCAGCCGCUGAAGAGUGCAGAGAGCAAAGACGAUAAUGAACAAGAAAUUGAUUGACGGGACACCCCCAAACAGCACCCUGUGCCCUGGACCAGCUGAGAUGUCCCCAGUGGGGAUGAACUCUGGGUCCCCUGGGGAGGGCACAGACCUGCUGCCACCCCUUGUCCCUGGCCACGUCACCCUCCUUCCCCAGGCACGUCUUUGGGGCGCCCUGGGGCUGGAGAGAGGCUGAGUCUCUUUAUCCCCGGCGAGCCCCGAAGAUGGGUGCAUCCUUCCUGGGGACGGUGUGUGUGGGGUGGAGGCUCUUCCCUGGUCAUCUGUCCAUCCCCAUGUGGGGCUGAGAGCAACCAGGGUCGACUGUUCCCACCAGCCCCCUCUGUGCCUGCUCCUGCAUGGCUGCAGCCGAGCCCAGCCACCUUCCAGGUGUCUUCCAGGGCAAAUUUCGGUGCCUUUUCCAAGCCUAGAGACCUUGAGAGGGGUGAUGGGCUCAGUGAGGUCCUUGGGAGCAAGCAAUGGAGCCCAGGAGGCUCGGGGAAGAUGGAUGGGACCUGUAGGACCCCCAGGCACAGGGGACAGAGCUUGGUGCUCUUGGCCCGGAUGGUUGCACCUCUCUGGGGACAUAUGGGGACAAUUAUUUCUUCAUGUUGCACCACUGUGGUUCCUGUUGGACUUUUAUUUUUGCCUUAAAUGCAAAAUCCCAUUGGGGCAGUUAUCCCCUGCUUUGAAUUAACCCGGGGGAUUUUUUGAGGGAGGGGGGUCAAAAGGCAGGGCUUUGGGGGGACCUGCCGGCCAGGUGAAGCCCCCCUGUCCUCCUCAUGGUGACGAAGCUGAUGCUUUAGGGGCUAAAGCACUGGUGGGGGCAUACCUGGCCAGCGUGUGGGGUUGAGCCCUCAUGUUUCCCAUGGGAUCAGCGGUCUUUGCCCUGGUGUGUCUUCUGGGGGUCCUCCUUCCACUGCUGGGUACCUGCAGGGUGCGUGGGGGCAUCCAGGCUCCUGGGGUGAACAGGGUGGUGUGUCCCUGGUCCCGCUCUGCUAGGUGGAGAAGUCCCCUCUGUGCUCCUCUAUGGCUCUUCAGGUUUUCGUUGUUAUUUAAAAUCCAAAAUCUGAAGGGGAUUUUUGUGCUUUGACAAAUAAAUCUGGGGGUUGUUUUGGACAAUGCU